AUGAUACUUGCGGGUACAUAUACAUCAUCAGUGACAACAGAAUGGGCAAUGUCCCUUCUAGUCAACCACCCAGAGGUAUUGAAGAAGGCAAGAGCCGAGAUAGACGCUCACGUAGACCAAGAUUGCUUGAUUGAUGAACCUGAUAUUUCAAAGCUACAUUACCUUCAAGCUAUUAUCUCUGAGACUUUCCGAUUGUUUCCAGCAGUACCGUUAUUGUUACCACAUGUAUCAUCAGAUGAUUGCACUAUAGGGGGAUUCAACGUGCCACAUGGCACAAUAUUGUUGGUUAAUGCAUGGGCCAUUCACCGAGAUGCUAAGGUUUGGAAUGAUCCUACAAGCUUUAAGCCUGAGAGGUUCGCAAGUGGAGAAGUAGAAGGAAACAAGUUGAUGCCAUUUGGAAUGGGAAGGAGGACUUGUCCCGGGGUUGGUCUGGCACAACGUGUUGUGGGUUUGGCUUUGGGGUCAUUGAUUCAGUGCUUUGAAUGGGAGAGGGUCACUGAGAAGGUAGUUGAUCUAACGGAAGGAAUAGGGCUUACUAUGUUCAAAGUUGAGUCAUUGGAAGCCACGUGCAAAGCACGCGACAUAAUCAUGAACAACGUUCUCUCUUAA